AUGAUGGGGAGCAAGGCUUCUCGAGAUCAUUCCGAUUUCAUCACCGGGUCUGACCCGCAGCCCGCCUCCGAAGCAUCCAAGACGGAACAGACGGCGGACGAGGAGCACAUCGAGGACGCCGCUCCUAGCAGCGACGAUGGCUCGGCAGGGCCGAAUUUACACAAAAAGGGCGCUCUGGGAUUUAUAAAGCAGCAGCAUAUUAUUCCUACGACGGGAAAUGUGAUGCCAACGGGAAAAUGGGAGUACAUUUUUUUCUGCAUCUACUACUUUUCCAACAAUGGCGCCCCAUGGCUCACCGUGACUGUUCUAGCAAUUGGUGGUAAUGGUGGUGCUUUGCGACAGGCUCUUACUGCUCAGGCCUUUCCUGAUGGUAUCGUCCAUUGGGGCGGGCAGCACCUAAAUAGCAAGUCUCUCUCAGUGAACUCCUUCCUCCUCGACAUUACUGGUAUUCUUUUCGCUGCGCAGCUCGUCACGCUGCUGACCAUUGGCCCCUACGCCGACUACGGCAACUGGCGUCCAUGGAUCAUGAUCAUUGCCCAGAGCAUCCUCUACAUUUGCCAGUUUGCCAUGUGCGGAAUCAACCAGCCCGGUCAGUGGCAGGCCGCGCAGGCUCUCUAUGUCGUGGGAUCUCUGGCUGCCAACAUUGCCACGGCGUUUUACACGGCAACGUUUCCCAGUCUGGUGCACAACCUGCCCAAGGUGCUAGAGUCUGAGCAGCAAGUCCGAGAUGGGGUCAAGUCUCCCGAAGAGCACGCCGAACUCGACUCAUACGAGCGAUCCAAGCUCUAUAAUCUCUGCAACAUUACCGGCUCCGCCCUCGUCGUUGUGUUCUAUGCCAUUGCCGUGGGCAUUUCUGCCGGCAUUGGAUUCGAUACCCCCCGAAAGCUCAUUUACUCUUACAAUGUCUUGAUGGGCUAUUUCGGUGCCCUUACCGUCAUUUGCACCCUCCCAUUCUUUCUCGUGCAAAAACACAGACCCGGCCAACAGCUUCCCGAAGGCACCAGCUUUUGGUCAGUUGGAUUCAAACAAAUUUGGAGUGCUAUAAAGUCCGCAAAGGAGCUUCGCCAGUGCCUGCUCUAUCUUCUCGCAUUCUUCAUGUUACAAGAGACCUUUGGUACCUAUUUCAACAUUACUGGUAUUCUUCAAAAUGAGGUCAUCAAGUAUUCGCCUCUCAAACUGAAUGCCAUGAGCUUGGUCGCAGAUUUGUCAGGUGGUUCAGGUACAGUCUUUGUUUUGCUUCUGCAAAAAAAGUUUCGCUUCUCCGUCAAGGCCGGUGUCUUUUACGGCGCAUGCAUGACUCUUUUCCCUAGUCUGUGGGGUGGUAUUGGGUUGUUUACUGAUAGAAUUGGCUUCAAGAAUGUUUGGGAGUUUUGGCUAGCACAGGCUUGGAACUUUCAAACCGCGGCAUGGGGAUCUUAUCAAAUCACCAUGAUCUCCGAAGUCGUCCCGGCUCCCAAGGCGUUUCUCUUCUUUGCCCUCUUCAACUGCGUCGGCAAGACGUCCGGCUUCAUAGGCCCAUUCAUCUCGUCUGCUAUCAUUGAACGUGCUCAUGGAAAAACCAACGCUGCAUACUGGUUUCUCUUCGCCAUGGGUUCCAUCGGCUGCCUUGCGCUCUGGUUCGUUGACACGGACCGGGCAAAGAGAGAUAAUGCCCAGUAUCUUGAGCGUGAGGCUGCUGAGUUCUACAGUGAGAACCAGAUUCAGAAAGCACACCAAGAGAAGACUCAGAAUACUAUCACAGCAUAA